UUAAGACAGCCAUGAUACCUUCUGCUCAAAACUUCACAACUGUAGACACACUAUUCAUGCGACUAUUAGUUGCGAAGUGGCCUGAAUACCAAGAAUGUAUUAAAGAGAAUCGACCAUUUCACUGGAAGGAGGAGUAUCGGUUGGUUGACUAUGUUGUCGGAUCAAAACAAGACUUUCAAGAUCCUUGGGUGAAUGUUGAUUACAUUUACUCUCCAUUCAAUAUCCAUGGCAAUCAUUGGAUUCUAUUAUGCUUGGACUUGGUACGUUGUCAAGUUAAGGUAUGGGAUUCGCUUCCGUCGCUUACGAGUGCCGAAGAUAUGAGAAGCAUAUUAGUGCCAAUUCAAGAGAUGGUGCCAAAUUUGCUCGAUACUACUGGAUUCUUUGUUAGGAGAGGCGGAUCAUCAACACACAAGGAACCUUGGCCACUUGUCAUUGUCGACUCCAUUCCACUUCAACGCAACAAUAGUGAUUGUGGUGUAUUUACAAUUAAGUAUUUCGAAUAUGAAGCUUCUGGUUUAGAUGUAGCUACAUUAUGUCAAGAAAACAUGUCAUAUUUUAGAAAACAAUUGGCAUUUCAAUUAUGGACCAACAAUCCCAUGUAUUGACUUUUA